CUCCAUUUCUUCUACACAUGUCACUCCCCCUACCCUACCAUGGUCUGGGCUGGUACACAAUGAACUACCCAACUCUCAAUCCACCUCUCUGAAAAUCCCCCAAAUCCCCUCUGAUCCACCACACUUUCCCAAUCAAUCACCCCCUCGAAACCCUAAUUUAGAAACCACAUGUCAAUUAAUCCCUAUAAAUACACACCCAAUCACUCUCGUGUCGAUGUUAUUGCGACUCAUCUUAUCAUUCCUAAGGCUCCCUCACUCCGAUCUCAAUCUCUUCAUUCUCCAGUUUUUAUUCACCGUCUGUUUUGCCCUAGCUCUGCUCUCCUUUGUUAAACACACUGCCUCGAAUUACUUCGUGAUCGACGAUAAUUUCGCCCCGAAGAUGUCGGAGUUUGUGCAGUGCGAGGUGUGCGGCCAGGCCUCUACGAAGAAGUGCUCCGCCUGCAAAUUGGUCCGAUACUGUUCUGAAGCUUGUCAAAAAUCCCACUGGAACUCUGAGCACAAAAAAACAUGCAAGAGUUUUCAAUUAUCUAACAAAGCAAAUUUAAAGCCGUCUGGAUCUGGGGUACAAUUGAAAAUACCAUCUACCGCUCGUCGACAAUCUUUUAAGAAUCUCAAAGAUCCGAAUCAGGUUUUGUUCUCCUAUGAUGAAUUUGUGCAACUCUUUAAACGGGAGAGAACAGGCACCCGACCUUGUGGCCUUUUAAAUUGUGGAAACAGUUGCUUUGCCAAUGUGGUUCUACAAUGUCUUGCAUGCACCCGGCCGCUAGUUGCCUACUUACUCGAGAAGGAUCAUCGAAGAGAAUGUUGGAGAAAUGAUUGGUGUUUUAUGUGUGAACUUCAGAGCCAUGUUACAAGAGCUACCCAAACUUCACAGCCAUUCUCCCCACUUGAAAUUCUCGCACGAUUACCUAAUAUUGGAGGUAAUCUUGGGUAUGGAAAGCAAGAAGAUGCUCAUGAAUUUAUGAGAUUUGCCAUAGACACAAUGCAAUCAGUGUGCCUUGAUGAAUUCGGUGGAGAAAAGGUUGUUCCUCCCAGGGCACAAGAGACGACUCUUAUACAACAUAUAUUCGGCGGUCAACUUCAAUCACAGGUGAAAUGUACGAAGUGUGAGAAUGUUUCUAAUCAGUUUGAAAAUAUGAUGGAUCUAACUGUUGAAAUGCAAGGAGACGCCACAUCCUUAGAGGAGUGCUUAGAUCAAUUUACCAUCAUGGAGCGCCUUCAUGGAGAUAAUAUGUAUAAGUGUGACGGAUGCAACGACUAUGUCCUGGCAUGGAAGCGACUUACUAUAAGACGAGCUCCAAAUAUUCUUACUAUUGCCUUAAAAAGAUUUCAGAGUGGUAGAUUUGGAAAACUUAAUAAGAGGGUUAGUUUUCCUGAGACAUUGGAUCUUAGUCCGUACAUGAGUGAAGCAGACGAUGAUGGCAAUGUUUAUAAGUUAUAUGCUGUUGUUGUUCAUGUGGACAUGCUAAAUGCAUCAUAUUUUGGUCACUACAUUUGUUAUACAAAGGAUUUUUCUGGAAACUGGUACAGGAUCGAUGACUGUAAGGUUUAUAAAGUUGAAAUGGAUGAGGUUCUUUCACAGGGAGCUUAUAUGCUCUUAUACAGCAGGGUUUCUGCCAGAGCAUCAUGCCUAAACCCCAUCGAACCUGCAAGUAAACAUGGAGGGGAAAAGCUGGAAGUGGCCCUAGAGGUUGGGCCCAGUGCAAAACAAGCUGUUGAAGAAUUCUCAGCAGUAGAUUCUAUUGAUAGUCCUAUUGUCUCUGGCCCCUGUCUGUCAGUUACUAACUCACAAGAAAUGAAUUCUGGAUGUGAAGAUGCAAAAGAUUUAGAAAUGGUAGAUUCCGAGGCAAGUUCAUCUGCAUUAACCGAUCUUGAUAUUCAUGGAAGCACUUGCUGUAAUGAAGCUGAAGGAAGUCUUUCUGAUCUUGAAAUGUCUCAGGGGCAAAUUUCGGAGGUAAGCAGCUCCAUUAUAACACAACCAAAUAAUGAGCCGGAGCAACCUUUCCCUGUGUUUGAGGUUGAAAACAAGGAUAUGGCUGUUGAAAGUAGGGGCAAGAUGCAUGCUCUAAUAAACCCCUUAGAUAAUGACAUUGAGCCUUGCUCGAAUGGUGUCUGUGGGAAUGGAGACCAUGCUGAUGCUGGUGCAACUUUAAAUACUGGUGAAGUUUUAAAUAAUACAUGCCUAUGCAGUUCUACUGGCAAGGUAGAGAAGGUAAAAGAGUCUGGAAAGGAUAUGCCCUCUUCUCAGAUCACUGCUGGAGCUGGCAAGUACAAUGGAAGAAAUUCAUCAGGAUUAAAACCAAAACCACUUUUUGCCAGUGGCUUUCUUGAAAAGCAUCCCCUAAAUAAACAAUCCAAGGAAGAAAUAAAAGCCCCAGUGCAGAUCGGUCAAUUGGCUUCAGUUUGUAACUAUAAUGGUAAAAAAAAUUCAGAUCCUGAUUUAUCUAGCAAGAAUGAGAAUGGCACCGGAGGCGGUGGACCUCAUAUUCUGUCUGGCAUUCCACGAAAGCAAACUGCAAAAUCGGAAGAUGGGGCCACUAGCAAAGUUACGGAUUCUCAUACCCCAGCAAUGAGAAGUUCUGAUUCUAUCGAUGUGCCUCUGGACAGCUUAGAUAAUGGGAAUAGUAGUUCAUCCGGUGAAGUGAGUAUCCCAGUUAGUAAUGGUGUUACUUUUAACUCAACUACAGCUGGAGUGUUAACUGAACUGCACUUUUCUUUUUCUAAUUCUGACGGAAAGCCCAAGAAAUUGGAGAUUAAUAAGGAUUCACUAGCUUUACCUGUCAACAAAGAUGUAUCAGCAGGGGGAAAAGAUGGACGAAAACAUUCAGGAUCAGAAUCGAAGCCACUUUUACGUCCUGGGUUUCUCGGAAAGCACCCCAGGGAAAAGUAUUCAAAACAAGAAGCAGUAGUUCCUGCUGAGAUUGGUAAUGCAUCUUCUAAUUCUGCUUGUAAACUAAAUGGCACAAGUAGCAACAGAUAUGUACUUCCUGGUAUAUCUCGUGAGUAUAUGGGGGAUAGUGAAGAUGGAGAUUCUUAUGUUGGGAACAGUAGUAGCUCAGAUAUUUAAGAAAAACAAAGUAUUUAAUUACAAAACAAGGAGUAGCUAUAGAGAGUUCCAGACUCCAAUUGAUGUACCAAUGACACUUGGCAGUAAAGCAGACCUCUACCGGCCAUCGAGAUUAUCGAGAUUAAUCCCUUAUUAUCAGUGCCAGACUGAUCAAUUGAUGAAUAGCAGACCGUUCAGAAAUAUUUCAGUUGCUGAAUGUUAAAAGUUUGCUUUUGAUUAGACUUAACCAUUGAUACUUAUUAUCUGGACAUUAGUGGGAUGAUGAUGAAGAAGCAGCUAUUCUUUCUAGCACCCUUUCGUAUCUUUUAGACUAGGAGAUAGCAGUGCAGUUUGAUUUUUUCGUAGAAGUUUAUGGCAAAUUAUAUAUAGGAUUAAAUUAAGUAUCAGGUUUAAGCUGGAUAGAAUUAUUUGUUAAUUGUUUAGUGCCUGGGCAAAAAUUGAUUUGCGGCACUACUAUUAGGAAAUUGUUUUGAACAGGCAUAGUGAGGAACUUUGGGGUUUCUUUAAUUAUAUACCAAUGUCGUGUCUGUGUCA